UGCAAGAUAUCAUUGACUUGUAAAUUUCUGGAUUCACAAUGCACCAAAUAUUAUGUUUGAUCCAGAUAGACCAUCAUGUCAAGCUCCCCUGAUACUCUACUGUUUCGCUUCACCACCCAUGCUGACUCCAUCCUCAACAAGAUGAAUACUCUUAGAGAAGAGCUCCGCUUCUGUGACGUCACACUCCUCAUUGGGGGUCCACAAGGGACCACUGCCCAGCCUCUCUAUUUCCACGGUCACAGAGUGGUGUUUGCAGCGUCCUCAGACUUCUUGCGGGACCAGUUCCUGCUCCAUGAGGGACACGCUGAGCUGAGUGUGGGUAUAGUUUCCAGUGUGGAGGUUGGGAGGAGGCUCCUGCUGUCCUGCUACACUGGGCUCUUAGAGGUCCCUCUGAGAGAGCUGGUGAGCUACCUUACAGCAGCUAGUGCACUCCAGAUGACCCAGGUGGCGGAAAAGUGUGCUCAAGCUGUUUCUCAAUACCUCAGUCCCACACUGGCCUUCCUGAAGCUGAACCCACCUUCAGAGGAAGGGAAAAUCCAGCAGAUAGACAGCAGCCGGUCAGGAGCCUGCUUAAAGAAUGAGGAGGAAAGAGAUGCAGCCCAGCCUGGCACCAGCUACCAGAAAGCAAACACUGAGGAAUGUGAAUCCAAGCCAAAGGUCAGCCAACAACCCAAGUUGGAUAUAAAAGGAAGGAAUGAGGCCACAAAUGAAAGAAGGAACAUUUUAGCUACAAUUGAGUUAAGUGAAGGUGUAGUAUGUUGUUUCAACACACUGGAGUCAGAGGAAGGUGAAGAAAUCCAGCCUGAUUACAAAGUCAAGCCAACAUAUCAAGCUGAUGACAUUACAGAUGAUCCAAAAUGCAGACUGCACCCAUUUACAGCAGGUCAAACUUGUAUUUCCUCCAAAACUGGAGGAAUUUCUGCUAAAUGCAAGGAAUUGUUGGUCAGCUCUAAAAAACAAGAUGAGGUUAAAGAGGAGAAAAGAGAAGAAGAAAAAGAAGAAGAAGAAGAAGAAGAAGAAGAAGAAGAAGAAGAAGAAGAAGAAGAAGAAGAAGAAGAAGAAAUGUUGGUGGAGAGGCCAUACCUGUGCAGGAGGUGUGACAGAGUUUUCCAGGACCUAGAGAGUUACCUGGGUCACCUGAAGGAGCACAGACGGUACCUGUGUUUGGUCUGUGGAAAAGGUUUUUCCCAGAAGAGCAACCUGACCCGCCACAUACACGUCCACACCGGUGUGAAGCUUUUUCGAUGCCCGCUGUGCCACAAGACAUUUUCUCAUAAGGCCACACUGCAAGAUCACCUCAAUUUGCACACAGGGGACACACCCCAUAAGUGUCACUACUGCGCUGUGCACUUUGCACACAAGCUAGGCCUCAGGCGCCAUAUUAAGGGCUUACAUGGGAAAAGCAGUCUGAAGAACAUUAUUGAGGAGACUGUUGACUGAGAAUAAAGAUGUUUUUUGUUGACAUAUGUUAACCCUGAUG